UCCCUCUUUCCUGCAUAACACCCAGAAGGCUGCAGGUUUCCCUUCUCCUCCACACCAGCUCCCUCUCUCCUGCUUUUGUCCCCCUGUCCUCCUUCUUUCACAUCCUCACCCUGUUCCCCCUUCUCCCCUUGUCCUCCCCCACCCUCAGGAGAGGGGCAGAAGACAGCCAGGGCUGGGGGCAUCCAAGGGUAGAGGAGGAAGGGGUGGGUAAGGGUAAUCCUGCAGAGAUCUUGGAUGUGGUUAAGCAGCGGAGGUGAUAGUAGAUGCCAUGGAUUGUCUGUGUAUUGUCACAACUAAGAAAUAUCGUUACCAAGACGAUGAUUCUCCUCCGCUGGAACAUAGUCCUGCUCACCUCGCCAACCAAAUGAAAGCUCCAGAACUGGUCCACGUAUCAGAGAAAAACCUCUCGCAGAUUGAGAAUGUCCACGGAUACGUGUCCCAUUCGCACAUCUCCCCCAUGAAGGCCAGUUCCCCUCCUGUAAUUGUGAACACGGACACGUUGGAAGCACCGGCGUAUGUUAACGGCACGGAAGCUGAAAUGGAAUACGAGGAGAUCACGUUAGAGAGAGGGAACUCAGGGUUGGGGUUCAGCAUAGCUGGGGGUACAGAUAAUCCCCAUGUAGGAGAUGACCCCAGUAUCUUCAUCACCAAAAUCAUUCCAGGUGGAGCAGCAGCUCAGGAUGGGCGGCUCAGGGUUAAUGACAGCAUUCUGUUUGUGAAUGAGGUGGACGUGCGUGAGGUGACGCACAGCACAGCAGUGGAGGCACUGAAGGACGCAGGAUCCAUAGUGCGUCUCUACGUCAUGCGCAGAAAACCAGCAUCAGAGAAAAUCAUCGAGAUCAAACUCAUUAAAGGACCUAAGGGUCUUGGGUUCAGCAUUGCAGGGGGAGUCGGUAACCAGCACAUUCCCGGAGAUAACAGUAUUUACGUCACCAAAAUUAUUGAGGGGGGAGCAGCACAUAAGGACAUGCGUCUUCAGAUUGGGGACAAGAUUCUAGCGGUUAACCACGUCAGUUUGGAAGAUGUGAUGCACGAAGAUGCGGUAGCUGCUCUGAAGAAUACAUCUGACAUUGUCUAUCUGAAAGUGGCCAAACCGACCAAUGUGUAUCUGAAUGACUCCUACGCACCACCGGAUAUUACAACCUGUAACUCUUACUCCCAGCAGUUGGACAGUGAUCUCUGUCACCCCAGUUAUUUGGGACCUGAAUACGCUUCAGUCAUGACCCCAACGUCACCACACAGAUACUCCCCCAUCCCCAAAGAACUCAUGGGAGAAGAGGAGGUCCCCAGGGAGCCACGGCGGGUUACGAUACACCGUGGAUCCACGGGACUUGGAUUUAACAUUGUUGGAGGGGAGGAUGGAGAGGGGAUCUUCAUCUCCUUUAUUCUCGCUGGAGGACCCGCUGACUUGAGUGGAGCCUUAAGGAAAGGAGACCAGAUCAUAUCCGUAAAUGGCGUGGAUCUGAGAAACGCAACGCAUGAACAAGCAGCCCUGGCUUUGAAGAACGCAGGUCAGACGGUUACCAUUGUUGCACAGUACAAACCAGAUGAAUACAGCAGGUUUGAAGCCAAGAUUCAUGAUCUUCGGGAGCAGCUAAUGAAUAGCAGUUUAGGUUCUGGGAGUGCAUCACUGCAUAAUACCAAUGGAGGAAAGAGAGGCUUCUACAUCCGGGCACUUUUUGACUAUGACAAAACCAGAGACUGUGGUUUUCUGAGCCAAGCUCUGAGUUUUAAGUUUGGGGACAUUCUUCAUGUCAUUGAUGCCACAGAUGAAGAAUGGUGGCAGGCCCGGCGAGUGCUGCCCGAAGGAGAGGAAAUAGGCUUCAUUCCCAGCAAGAGGAGGGUAGAAAGACGGGAGUGGUCACGUUUGAAGGUAAAGGAUCGAAGCAGCACAACAGGGUCUCAGAGUCGAGAAGAGACGGUGUUGAGUUAUGAGACUGUUGUACAUAUGGAAGUGCACUAUGCCCGACCAAUUAUCAUACUGGGCCCUGGGAAGGACAGGGUGAAUGAUGACCUCCUGUCUGAAUUUCCAGACAAGUUUGGCUCCUGUGUUCCUCAUACGACAAGACCCAAGAGGGACUACGAGGUCGACGGCAGAGAUUAUCACUUUGUGUCUUCUCGGGAAAAGAUGGAGAAGGACAUUCAAGGCCAUAAAUUCAUCGAAGCUGGACAAUAUAAUGGCCAUUUGUACGGAACGAGUGUGCAGAGUGUUAGGGAGGUAGCGGAGCAGGGGAAGCAUUGUAUCCUCGACGUCUCCGCAAAUGCUGUAAAACGCCUACAAGCUGCACAGCUCCAACCGAUUGCCAUUUUUAUACGGCCCAAAUCUCUGGAAAAUAUUCUAGAAAUUAACAAGCGUCUGACCGAAGAACAAGCUAGAAAAACCUAUGAGAGGGCAACCAAACUGGAGCAGGACUUUACAGAGUGCUUCUCAGCGGUGGUUGAAGGAGAAAGCUUUGAAGAGGUCUACCAUAAAAUAAAAGGGAUUAUUGAAGACCUCUCAGGGCCCUAUAUCUGGGUUCCUUCCAGAGAAAGACUUUAAAAUCCAGCACUUCCCCCCCACCCAUUAUGAAGCAGCGGAGAUUCCUCUCUCCCCCGGAGCAUUUUACAUCUGGGGGCAAUAAGGCACUCUGGAUACUUGCCAUUCACCACAUCUUGCCGCUCCUCCUGGGGUGCCUUAUUACUUCUCACAGGGGCUGAGGACUCCUUACCACACUGGAGAGUGGAGCGAUUGUUCAGUACUUGUGUCUGUAUACGUGUUUACACACAAACACAAGUAGACCAGCAUUCUGCUCUUCUUUUCUAACCAAGCUCCUUGGGUGAGUGGUUUUGUCGUGUUCCCACCCCUGCGGUAUGCAGUGGGUGUGGCAUUCUGCAGCCCCACCCAUUGAAGCCGGUGGGGCAUGGUGUAUAAAGAGACUUUUAGUCCUGUUUUUUUUAACUCGCUGUCUGCGUUUAUCUUGUGCAUGCGUCUUAUACUGGAGGGGGGACCUAAUUUAUGGGCAGACACCUUGUUCCCCCCAUCCUACGCAUAUGCCCUGAAAAGAGGUGGCAAGAUGGACAAGUACUGCCCAGUGAAGGGCAGAAGAUCCCUGGAUGUCACAGAGCUUCUCUCUAUACCCUCACCAAACAAACCAUAUCUCUCUGCAGAGCAUCUGGAGGAGACUAAUGAUGUGCAGGACAUCGGGAAGAGCAGUGCUCUGCAGGGCGGUGGGUAGUGGGGAGUAAUCACUGCUCUGCAGAGCUGCAGGAAUGGAGACAUGUUCUACAGAUCGUUGUGGAAGGUGGAUGAACCCUUUUAGUGCUAGUGAGUUUUCUUAGCAUUAUUUAUGUUCCCUUCCUGGCACUAGCAGAAUGUAAACGGGUAAUGGACGAGAAGAGGAAACAGCGCAAUGCUCUGCAGAAAUGUGGGACUGCAGUGAGUUAAGGACUAGAUGCUCUGUUGGGAUUUGACAGACAAGGGGUUACAUACAGUACAGUAAUAAAAAAAUAAAACUAUUUUAUGUGGAUAAAUAAAAUGUUAUAUAUUUA